AUGUCGAAGCAAGAGAAGAACAAAGAGAAGAACAAGGAGAGAAACAAAGAGAAGGACAAAGACAAGGACACAGAGAAGGACAAAGAGGAGGACAAGGACAAGGAGAAGGAGAAGGAGAAGGAGAAGGAGAAAGAGGAAGAGGAAGAAGAAGAGGCCUACCUCGAAGAAGAGACAGAGGAUAUACGCGCGCGCAUGCGCGCGUAUAAGAAUUGA